AUGGUCACGGGGACAGACACUCCCCCGACAAACAUGGAGUGGGUAGUCCUGUGCGGGACAAAUGGUGCCCCAAGAGUGUAUUUGGGAGUACGCGGCGACGAUCUCCAAAACAUCGCAACGGCACAGGCUGAACCAUUGAGCCAGGACAACACUCUUGUGAUCAAUACAGGACAGCAUCAUCAAGAAACGUCUGCUUUUGCAUGCAUGGAGGUCAUUACAUGGAAUCGGGCACUAUCACAUGAGGAGAUGGUGACAGCUGUUAAGUACCUACAAUGGAAACUGCGAGCUGGUGCCAUGUUGGAACCAGCCGAGCGGUUGGCCAGGUGGGUCGAUAACAAUUUCGAAGCAAAAGGCCAUGAGUCCCUGGACGGUGUGCAGGAUCAAACUUUCCACAUGACCUUGUACAAUGGCUACACAGCUGCUCUAAGCGGAUGGACACACACGAGAGACUAUGCGUAUGGAUUCCUCAGAAACAUUAAUGGCAAGGCCACUGCAGUUGUAAGUGGAUUGGUGCCAGCAGCCCAGUACUUGUACACGAUCUACUCCUCGGAUCGCAUUGGGUCGCACUACCAUCAGGAUAACUUGGUGUCGGUGAAUCACGGGGUAGAGGCUACCGUCACGCAAGAUGGCUAUUUUAUGGCCCAGAUGAACGGCGUCGCCACGGCAAACCCCCGUGGCGAAAUCACUUUCGAGUUUGACCGCGUGGGCCGCGGACACGUCCAGCUAACGGGCAUUGCCAUUGCAGCUGUGGCCGGGCCAUUUUCACUUCUCCAAGCUUCCACGUCCAAUGAAGGAACUCAUGUCUCGGCACAAAGUGCAUUCGAGGUGGGUUUUGCUUUCUUACACCUCUACCAGCAAUGUGAUGCAGUGCUUUUGCUGGGAGGUAUGGGAGUUCAGAGCUGUGGUCGCCCAACACAUCGAAGUAUAGAUUCGCACACCUGGAAGCACAAGAAAAACCUCCCGAGCUCUUUCAAGCAUGGCUCCGUUUUGUUGGCCUCAUGCUGGGCAGAGCGAUAUCGUUUAGUCCGUGGAAGCAGCGUUGUACACGAAGAAAAAUUGCAAUGUGUCAGUGGCCAAUGGUACAACAGUUUGGAGAAACCAAGUCUGCAAGGUUUGUUCUGUGAGCCUUGCGUGCACGUGGGUGCUCGAGGCUAUGCGGCUUACCAUACCCGCAAUGAGCAGGAGCUGUACUUUUUCAACCGCAUGGCUUUGAGUGUGUACACCGAGCUCGGCAUGAUCACUGAACUCAGUGCAGUAGCCAAGCACAAGCAUUGCUUACAGCCAUCGGAGGUAGAUGCGGCAGAAAUGACGGUUGUCGCCAGCGCUGGUUGUUCCGCCAAUUUGCUCGCACAAGUCAACUCCUUGUCAACGCCUACCAACAGACACUUGCGAAUUAUCCCCAGUGAUAUGACUUUCUCUGGGAAUGGUGAAUGUUUGAGCGCCAGGGGGUCUUCUCUACCAGGUCUCAUCCAUCAUCAAUGCAACCAGACGGACGAGAAGCAACUGCUUUCGCCGGCUGAAAUUCCUUCGGACAUUUGGGCUUUGCAUGUCAAGGCGGAUGAACGGAGUCAUGACUUUCACAAAGCUUAUUCCUCCUACUGUGGCACCAGUGGAGCCUUGACCAACUUGGAUUUUGGUCAGAUCUUUGUUGGUGACGCAAAUCACAUCACCACCAAAUGCAAGUUUGCUCCUUUGGUGAACUUCGGCAGCUUUGUUGACACAGAAAUUGUCCGAGACAAGACUUCCAGCAACUGGCCGAAUUGGUACAAAAUGCUUGCUGACAAUCCCGUGGAAUGUGAAUCUGGCGAAGCCCUUACCGCCUUCAAACUGGACUCGGGAAAACAGAAGUACAAGUUCGAAUGCAGUAAGAUUGGUGGCUUGGGCUCUUGCUUUGACUACUACAGCGCACAGGUUGAGGUGCCACAUUUCCACGAGGCGAAGGCCUACUGGGAGAAACCAAUGCGCAUGCUCCAAGCAAAUUGUGGAGAAAACUCUGUGCUCGGCGGCUUUCACUUUGAGUUUUCUGAAGGUGGCAGAUGGCAGCGUAUCCGCUACAAGUGCUGCAAAGCAGGUGGUGCUCCGGUCACUAUGGAUCCGCGUGGCCAGGUGCCGGACUUGGUGAGCCCUUUUGACGGCGUGUUCUGUCCAAGUCAGCUUGAUGCAUCGGGGCGCUUCAAGUAUCAAAGCGCAGAUCGCGUCCUGGCCUUUGACAGAGAUGUGGGGAAGUGGUGUCUUGGAUCGUCCUGCUCCAAGAUCACAAAUCAGGCUUCACCGUUAGAAGUUCCAGGGGCUGACUUUGAUGUGGUCAACGUCAGCGAUUUUGAUGGAGAAUUCUUGGCUGCUGGUGUUCCCAACGAAGCCGGCGCAAAACCCUUAUCCGUCGAAGAUGCGCUGAUGCUGAAACCGCCAAGACGCCCACAGCAGCCCUGGAUGCCAGAGCUGGAAGAAUUCAAAGCCGAACAGCCCAAGUAUGCCAGCGAAUGUCUGAAUUACGAGAACUUGUGGAAGGAAGUGUCAGAGACUUUCACCAACGAAGAAGACGAGGAAGUGAUGACCAUUUCCAAACUGGAAGCUGAACCAGCGACAAAAGAGGCUACCAUUCCAGACUAUCAUCCAUGCGAAGUGGCCAAAAAUGCUGGUGGGAUCUUCAGUCCAUAUGGUGGAGGCGAUGGUUCAACGGCGCCAGAGAAUAUGAUGUACAGUGAUUGGAACGACUGUAUGCAGGGUGACAUCGAACGAGAUUUGGCUUCUGCGACUGCUGGCUACCACGGCGCACUUUCAGGGUUUAUAAUGGACAUGGUUGAAGAGGGCCUGGGCGCUGUUUGCAGUGCUAUCCCUGACGUGAUGAUUGCUCCCUUUGGUGCAGGCGUAGCCUUGAAUCCCGGAGAGAUUUGCGGUCAGGUCGCUGAGCUUGUUGGUGCCAUCAAGACGUUUGCGGGGCCGGCGAGUGAGUUCCAUUUUGCUAAGAAGGAAUAUGACAUUGAGAAGGAAGGGUAUGCUGCUUGCAAUCCGCUGCAAAUUGGCUUCGCGCGGGCCUUCUGCGACAUUCACUGCGUGCGUGAUGCGGUGAUUCGGGGCGACCGAUCCAUCAUCCGCAACCUUGAGCUGGCCACGAAGAAAACCAACAGCAAUUUGCAGAAGAUGGUGAAAUGGUCAGUGGAUGCGGCGCGUACAGAGACGGGAUGGCUGGCAGACAAAUUGGACUACAUGCAUGCCAUCAACUUCGCAUUCCUCUCGGACAUCAGAGACAAGUUGACCCCCGAGACCGGACUCCAAGAGGUGAAGAAAACCACCGAGCGCAUGUUCGAUGAGAUGCAGGGCUAUGCCGAAGCCGCGUCAUUCGAUGAGUUGUCUCGGCUCACUGCGAAAGAUGCCCUGGAGAAUUUCCUGCACGGCGCUGAGGCGUUUGAGAGGUUGAAUGCCACGGAGGCAGCCAACGCCACGUCGUUGCUUCCGGCCACGUCGUUGCUGAAGGACUUGGAUGCUUUGCACCAGACCCUCCGGCGAGCGUCUCGAGGGCGCAGCCGCUCAGAGAUACUAAGCCGACAAAUGGAGCAACAGGUGACGCGCCUGCAGCAGAUGGCGAGAAAGCAGUUAAAUACCUUGGGUGUGUACAGGCUGGAGAGCAACGCCAGUGCAACCCAUCGACGUCACCUGGCAACCAUGGUGGAAACCGCAUCUCUUGACAGGAUCUGGUGGCAGUUCCGGGUGAAACUUGAUGCUUACCUGGACAUUGCAGAGGCGGAGGUGAAGUCUUUCCAGAAAUCCUUGGAAGAGCUGGCGAGCUACAAUGAAUGCAAGUCAGUGUUCUCGAGCCUCAUGUCCACUUAUACCAAGAGUAUGAGACUUAUGUCUCGCAGCCAUCGGCAGCUACGAUCCACCUGGCGUGAGGCCUCUGGACUUUUGGGAGAGUUGGCGUCGGUGGUGGUGGACACUGAUGCCUUCGGAAACUUCAUCCGUGACCAAGGGGCAGUGGGCUGCAGCAAGACCGGCCGCAUGGAGGAAACCAUGAAGCAGGUCCGCUCUGCCUUGUUCGGGAUGGCAUUUUUGCACCAUCGCUUCCGCGCAGCCCAACUGCCUACACCUCGUACAGACACCGUCGCAACGGCAGCCAAGCGGUUGGAAGAUGCUUAUAGCGCUGCCAUUGCUGAGCAUUGCAAAAGCAUUGCCAAUUGA